GGCGGCGGCGGCUUCAGUCGGGGCUGGCGGGAGCGGAGCAGUCGGGCCCUUCGCUUCCCCGUCCCUGCGGCGGGCCUGGCCCUGCCGGAUGAAGAGCUGUGCAGGCCAUGGCGCGGUCCCCGGCCCCCAGCCCCAGCGGCCGGCGGGGCCCUAGGACGACGCAGCCUCUUCGUGCCCUAUAGUUCCCUCCCCCUAUUUAAUUUUAUACCUAAUUUAUUAACACCUUCCUCCCCACCCCCCAACCAUGGAGCCGACCCCCGCUGUGCCCCCUGCCCCCAUGGCGGGCUUCCUCUGGAUGUUGGUCCUCGGCUUCAUCAUCGCCUUCAUCCUGGCCUUCUCUGUUGGUGCCAACGACGUGGCAAACUCCUUUGGCACGGCAGUGGGCUCGGGGGUGGUGACCCUGCGCCAGGCCUGCAUCCUGGCCAGCAUCUUCGAGACGGUGGGAUCCGCCCUGCUGGGUGCCAAAGUCAGUGAGACCAUCCGCAAGGGGCUGAUUGAUGUGGAGAUGUACAACUCCACCCAGCAGGUGAUGGCAGGGUCCAUCAGUGCCAUGUUUGGAUCUGCUGUGUGGCAGCUAGUGGCUUCAUUCUUGAAGCUCCCCAUUUCUGGGACCCACUGCAUUGUUGGGGCAACCAUUGGCUUUUCGCUGGUGGCCAAAGGGCAAGAAGGUGUCAAGUGGUCUGAACUGCUAAAGAUCGUGUUGUCCUGGUUCAUCUCACCCCUCCUGUCAGGCAUCAUGUCUGCUAUCCUCUUCUUCCUUGUCCGGAGGUUCAUCCUCUGUAAGGUGGAUCCUGUUCCCAAUGGCCUCCGUGCCCUGCCAGUCUUCUAUGCCUGCACCAUGGGCAUCAACCUCUUCUCCAUUAUGUACACUGGCGCGCCACUGCUGGGCUUUGACAAACUUCCUCUGUGGGGUAUCCUCCUCAUUUCGGCGGGGAGUGCUGUUGUCUGUGCUCUUGUCGUCUGGUUCUUUGUAUGUCCAAGAAUGAAGAAGAAAAUCGACCGAGAGAUCAAAUCCAGUCCUUCUGAGAGUCCCUUGAUGGAGAAGAACAUCAGCCCAAAGGAGGACCAGGAGGAGCCCAAGGCACACCUGGGUGAUGCCAAGGGCCCUGUUGCUGAUGGGGGAUCAGCUGUGUCCCACCAGGCAGCACUAGAGGAGAGGACAGUCUCCUUCAACCUGGGGGACCUGGAGGAGGCCCCAGAGCAGGAGAGGCUCCCCAGCCUUGACCUGAAGGAGACCAGCAUCGACAGUGCAGGAGCCAUGCGGUUGCCCAAUGGCAACCUGGUCCAGUUCAGCCAGGCUGUGGGCCACCAGCUGGGCUCAGGUGGGCAGUACCAGUACCACACUGUGCACAAGGAUUCCGGCCUCUACAAGGAGCUGCUGCACAAGCUGCAUCUGGCCAAGAUGGGGGACUGCAUGGGGGACUCGGGGGACAAGCCCCUGCGCCGCAACAACAGCUACACCUCCUACACCAUGGCCAUCUGUGGGAUGCCCCUGGACUCCUUGCGCAGGGAUGGGGAGGAGGGGGAGAAGUUGGCCUGGCCAGCAGCAGACACCAAGAAGAGGGUCCGCAUGGACAGUUACACCAGCUACUGCAAUGCGGUGGCUGAUGCCCGCCCGGCAGCUGAUGUGGACCUGAACACAGCCCAGGUGGAGAUAGGAGCCUGUGACCACAAGGGCAGCAGUGGCUCCCUGGAGGAGUUGCAGGACCAGGAUAAGCCCGAAGUGUCCCUCCUCUUCCAGUUCCUGCAGAUCCUCACUGCCUGCUUUGGCUCCUUCGCACAUGGUGGCAACGAUGUCAGCAAUGCCAUAGGGCCCCUGGUUGCACUCUACUUGGUCUAUCAGACGGGUGAUGUGGCCACCAAGGUGGCAACUCCCAUCUGGCUGCUGCUCUAUGGAGGUGCAGGGAUUUGCAUCGGCUUGUGGGUCUGGGGAAGGAGAGUCAUCCAGACAAUGGGAAAGGACCUGACCCCCAUCACACCCUCAAGUGGCUUCAGCAUUGAGCUGGCAUCUGCCCUGACGGUGGUGAUUGCCUCCAAUGUUGGCCUCCCCAUCAGCACGACCCACUGCAAGGUAGGCUCCGUGGUCUCGGUGGGCUGGCUGCGCUCCAGGAAGGCUGUGGACUGGCGCCUCUUCCGCAACAUCUUCAUGGCCUGGUUUGUCACUGUCCCCAUCUCUGGCCUCAUCAGUGCUGCCAUCAUGGCUGUCUUCAAGUAUGCUGUCCUGAAGGACUGAGGGACUUGGGGGCUCAUCCUGCUUCUGCCUCCCUGCUUCCCCCUCCAGGAGCUGGGGGGCUCAUCCCCUGUGGCUGGGGCUUCCCAGGGCUCUGCCUGGUGUUGUUACUGAAGUUUGUGUUGUGUUUUUGUCUUUUUGUUUUCUUUGUUUUUUUUUUUCAAUAUCAUUGUCUUGGCAGUAGGUCUCUAGUGAGGGGGCUGUGCUGAGGCUAAAUCCCCCUCAGCUGUGACCCCCCCGCUGCACUGUAGAUUUAGAUUAGCAGUUUUGGGAGGCCACUUCUUGUAUUUUUUUAAUGACUUAAUGAAGAUCGUCUGGCAGUGAUUCCUCCUUGAAUAAGGACUGGGGCUGCUCCUUGUCCCCCCUCUCGAGGGGGGGGUGCUGUGGGUCAUCCCCGAGGCGUGGGCUGUGCUGCCUUCAGCUUUGCCUUCAUUGCCGUAGUGGUGCAGACAAGCAGUUGCUGCCCAACCAUCCUGCUGGGGGGGCUCCCUGGGGCUCACCCCCCAACCCCCUUUCACUGCUGCUACCUCGGACUCAAUAAAGAUUUCCUUCGUA